AUGCAGCGAUACCUGAUGAACACGUCCUACCUUCAGGACCAAUUGAAGGAGCUCCACGCACUGCAUAACAAGACGGUGACGGAGUACGGCGACUUGGUGGAAAACCUCUUCAGGGAGUGCUCUAUUCUCUGCGACGUGAUCCCGAACUACAAGAUCUCCGCCACGCUUGAGGACGAGGAUGGGGGCAGUGGGGGCCGCAAGCAGAAGGAGGUGUACCUUGUACAGAAGCUGGAGCAUGAGGUGCUGGCACAGUAUGAACACUUCCUUCAGCUCCUUCGCAAGUUGCAACGGAAAACGCACCCGGAACAGCAGGCACUUGGGAGUCGAUUGUGUGCCCAGCUGAUCAAUAGAGCAGCGGAGUUUAACCACGCCGAUAAACUCUUAUCGUUGGCGGUACAGUUUGCAAACGCAAAGUCCACGCGGGUGGCUCAACCCGCACUGACGGCUCUUGCAGAACUCCUCGAUGGGCAGAUGGUGUCAGAUGCGACGGAGUCUAUUGUCUCUUGCAUGCUAGACAUUGUGCGCAAGCAGAGUUACGCGAUGAAUCCUAAGCUCCUUCACCUCCUGCUCCACAUCCGUGUGGCGUUGGUGGACAUGCAUCGCCGAGACCUGACGGAGGAGAAGGCCAAAAACAAACGACUCAAAAAAGAAGAUAAGGAGUUGGCUCGUCAGCUGCAAAAAAGUAAGGCUCGUCGGGAUCGGGCCGAGGUGGCCGUGAAACAGGGUCGAAUUUUGCACCGUGUGUUUGUCAUCUACUUGCGCGUUAUAGAAGCCUCCAAGUCGUGUUCCCAGCGGCAUCAAACGCGAAUUCUUGCGCCGACGCUGGAGGGGCUGGUGAAGUUUGCUCCACUUGUCAACGUGGAGCUCUAUCAUCAACUCCUAACUGCCUUGAAGGACCUCGUCAACGACGAGGCAACGUCCAUGACGACAAAGUUGCAUGCUCUCGUGGCGGUUGCGACGCUGGCGCAGAGGGACGCCACCGCCAGUGCCAGUGAGUGGCGAGUGGAUCUCAGCUACUUCCACGAGGUUCUCUUUCGCUGCCUUCUUGAGGCGCUGGACAUCCCCAGGAGUGACACGGAGAAAAAGCCUAAUGAAGUAGAGGACGCCUCAGAUGGGGACGAUACGGCCUCGCAAGGCUCGACUUCGUCCGCGGGGUCCCUCUCGUCCCAGGCGUUUUCGAUUGCCAAUUCCAUGGCACAAGCGAAUUUUGUGCAGUCAAAUGCCUCCAAAGAGUGGACGUUCCGUGUGAGUUUGGUGCUGCGCGCUGUGGAUUUGUUGGUGUUGACACAAAAACAUCUGCCCGUCCCCCGCGUCACUGCCCUUGUGCGUCGCCUUAUCCAGGCUACUCCGUCCUGUCCGCCGCACAUUGGACUUUCCUUGCUCGCACUAGUUCACCGUCUCAUGCUGCGCUAUCCCGCUGUCUGUGGCAUUGUCAUUGGCGGCAGCGACAAUGUCAUUGUGGGGCGUGGGGCCUACAACCCGGCGGCGGUACAAACUGCUUCGGCAAAUGCCGAAAGUAGUUUUACGUGGGAAGUCAGCCUCUUGACGCGGAGCUAUCAUCCCACUCUGCGGCGUGUCGCAGAUGUCUUCUGCCGCCACUACCACAAGUUGUCCAAGGUGGCACAGGGGCAGCCGCCCGUCGUGACCAAACAGUUAGACGCACUUGGCCCGUACGAAGUGCUGGAGUCGUAUGACCCGUCGACGGGGGAGUUGCGACCGCCGCCACCGCUGCCGGAGUCGAUGCGGCGUGCGAAGGGCGCCGCAAAGCGGGCCCGUGACGACACCCCCCCGUAG